AUGUCACUCUAUUUAGUCACAGAUGCAUUUCGUAAACUCGGCUCACCGGGUAUUAAAAAUGAUGAUUUUUAUGACCGAUUAAGUCGUAAAUAUUCCAUGAUACUACUUGGUGUAUCAUUUCUAAUUGUUAGUUCAUCACAAUUUGUUGGUCAUCCAAUAAAUUGUUAUACACAAAAUAUUGCUGGAAGUCAUAUUAGUUAUGUUAAUUGGGUAUGUUGGAUAAGUUCUUCAUAUUACAUGCCAUUUGAAAAACCUUUACCAACACGUUAUGAACAACCACCAGAGAAAAUUCCUUAUUAUCAAUGGGUACCAUUUAUUUUACUUUGUAUGAUGUUUCUCUUUUAUUUACCGGGUUUCGUAUGGCGUAAUCUUACUAAAGCAUGUGGAAUAAAUACAAAAGUUAUUACAAAAAUGGUUGCUGAUAUGGAUCAAAUGGAUGGAGAAAAAAGAGAAAAAGCUGUCCGAUCUUUAGCUAAACAUAUUGAUAAAGCUUUAGCUUAUCAUCGUGAAUAUGAUCAUGGUUUCAUGUAUAAUGUUCGUCGACGUGUUGGAUCAAUCCUUUGUUGUACUAUCGGUCGUCAAUCAGGCAAUUAUUUAGCUUUAACAUAUGUUUUAGUUAAAUUACUUUAUAUUGCCAAUGCAAUUGGUCAACUUUUUCUCUUGAAUAUUUUUAUGGGACGUGGAUUUAGUUUAAUUGGUCUUGAAACAAUUCAACGUUGGAUGAAUGGACAAGAUAUGGAAGCUGUUGAACGUUUUCCACGUAUAACUAUGUGUAAAUUUAUUAUUCGAACACUCGGUGAUAAUAUUCAACCAUAUGAUGUUCAAUGUCUUCUACCAAUUAACAUCUAUAAUGAAAAAAUCUUUUUAUUGAUAUGGUUCUGGCUUGCUUUUGUUGCUGCAGCUUCGAUUUAUGGCCUUAUUAAAUGGCUAUAUUAUUUCACAGCAAAUGCUCGAACAAAUUUUGUUCGUAGAUUUUUAAAAGCAAAUGAUAUUCGUUAUUAUACAUCAUCAGCAUCAUCAUCAACAACUGGUAUUGGUUCAAGUACUGAUCAUGAUCAAGCACCUAUAAAACGUCUUGAAGAAUUUGUUAAUAGUUAUUGUCGUCAAGAUGGUCUUCUUCUAUUACGUAUUGUUAAAAAAAAUACAAAUAAUGUUAUUGCUGGUGAAGUUGUUUGUGCAUUAUGGGACAAUUGGAAAGUUAUGCCACAAAUUCGUUUUAAUGCAUCACCAGAAUCUGAUAAUGGUGGACAAAUAAUUGGUUUAGGUGUUAAAAGUCCAUUGAAACAAAAUGGUGCUGGCGAAGGAAAUGAAAAAUUAUUACCACCAAUGUCAGGCAUAUUAUCAUGA